AUGACAAAGUAUAAUGACCAUAAAGCCCGACACGAUGCCAUUACUAAUGCCCUUAAGGCAAUUAAAGAUUCAUCAAAUAAUUCUAAAACCCCAAGUGUCAAAAGUAUUGCACGUGAUUAUGGUAUAGCAGAAACCACUUUUAGACAAGCUAUUGAAAAUGAUGACCCUCUUCCUCCCCCGGGUCAUACUAAAGUUCUAACAAGCCAUGAAGAAGAACAGAUUGUUGG